AUGGCUGCUCUUCGUGUUUUAACAGUUCUUGUUUUAGCAGUUAUCUAUUCAACAGUUACUGCUCAAAAUAAACCUUGCGAACAAUGCGAUCCAUCGAAAUGCCCGAUGACAUCGGACAAAGAAUGCCUUGCCGGAUUAACACUCGAUCGAUGCGGUUGUUGUCAAGUUUGCGCUCAACGCGAGAGUGAAUUAUGCAACCAUCCCGAUAUCCCAUCAAGCAAGCAAUACGAAGCUUGUGGUGAAAAUCUUCAAUGCAAGAUUCGUAAGGAUAGUCGCGGCGCACCUCGUGAAGCACGAUGUGAAUGUAAUGAUCAAAUUGAAAUGUGCGGCUCCGAUGGCAAAACCUAUCGUAACUAUUGUCACUUAAUGGAAUCAAGCAAAUUGGCUAAAGCUGAACAAAAACCAAUCAUCAAAGUAUUUAAACGCAAACCAUGUGACUCAGCACCUGAAAUUACUUUACCACCUGCUAGCGUAACAAACCGCACCGGUAGCAAUGUCUUUUUAACAUGUGAAGCCGCUGGCGUACCUUUACCAGUUGUUGAAUGGGUUUAUUCAUCAUCCGCUGGAAAACAAAUUGUUUAUCCAACUGAUGAUGAUCGUAUUUCAACAUUAGUUCGAGGUGGACCUAAUGCUCAUGUAUUAACAUCAUGGCUUCAAAUUCAAUCAUUACAACGUAACGAUCAAGGUACAUAUACAUGCGUUGCGAGCAAUGCUUUGGGCAAAGUUGAAAAAUCAUGCACUGUUUCCGUUGAAGGCGGUCGAGAAUUUUAA